AUGUCGCAAAACGACCCCUUCUACAUUCGAUACUACUCCGGUCAUUCUGGGCGGUUCGGCCAUGAGUUCCUCGGUGUGUCCCCCCGCAAUCGCUUCGCUGGAUGCUUGUCGCUGACUUGUAGAACAGAAUUCGACCUCCGGACCAUCGCAGAUGGCAGCAGCGCCGCCGUGCGAUAUGCGAACAACUCCAACUACCGCAAUGACUCCCUGAUCCGCAAAGAGAAUCAUGAAGUACGUGGUCCAAUUCCCCCCUGCAAGGGCCGAGGAACCUUUGCGCUGACCAAGGCACCCAGAGAGGACGACUCCAAGUGGCCGCAGAAGAACAAGGACGGACGCCAGGAGCUAGAGAUUCGCAUUGGGAAUGAGCACAUUUCAUUUGAGACUGCGAAGAUCGGCUCUCUGGUCGAUGUGACCGAAUCGGCGGACCCGGAGGGCUUGCGAGUGUUUUACUACCUCGUGCAGGAUCUGAAGGCGCUGAUUUUCUCUUUGAUUUCCCUGCACUUCAAGGUAUGCUUCCGCGUCUUCUGCUUUGACCGACCUAUCCUGACAGCCCUAUAG